AUAUAAUCAUGGGUGGAAGUUUGACUUGAGAGCUGGUUCGUGACAGAAUGAGCUGUAGGGAUUUAGAGAGAGAUCUGCCGGGUCAAAACAGAGAUCAGAGAAAGGCAGGGAGCAGGUCACAACAGCUAGCCACAAAGUAGUCUGGAGCAGCAGUGACAUGAGAGUUACGAGUUUUCCAAAAUUAUAUAUUUAGGGACUAUAGAUGUAAAUUUUCUUCUUUUGGGGGCAAUGAAGGUUUUUUGUUUUAUGUCAUUUUUCCAAGGAAAUAAAGGAACGGCUUAAGAUAUAUUUUUGUCUCUUUUGCAAAGUGACAAAAAUUGGUAAUAUGGGAAGCAAAUACUUCGGUAACUCAGUGAGUGAAGAGGGCUGCCGUCGUCUUUGACAUUUCCUUCGGGGCGUGAGGUUGAGAGCAAACCAGCGAGGUGAUCGUAAGGCUUUUUGCCAGCAGAAAAAUUAAUGACGUGGGUGCUGAAGUUCGAGAAAAGUGCCUCUGCGGUCUUGCUUUCUGCUGGAAGACGCUCCUCACAUGCAGAAGACCAUGAAGAUCACAGAGUUUGUCCAGCUGGAUGUUGCAGGAGCCAAAAAUGGCAACACGGUGCAGAAAUGGAUUAAAUACAGAUGAUUUCUACUACUGUGUCCGAUCAGCACUAAGCAGUGCAUUGCAAAUGGAUUAGAAAUCGGCAUGCAUGUUGAGAACGUAUUGAAGACUAGCAUCAUCUGGGAACUCUCCAAGGCGUACUCAACAGUGAAAUUCAAACUAACAUUUGCUGAAAUGCACAUUCAGGACCCAGCAAGCCAGCGGUUAACGUGGAACAAGCCUCCUAAAAGUGUCCUUGUCAUUAAGAAGAUUCGAGAUGCCAGUUUGCUGCAGCCUUUCAAGGAGCUCUGCAUAUUUCUGACAGAGGUGAAAGGCAUGAUUGUUUACGUGGAGAGGAAGGUACUAGAAGACCCGGCCAUUGCAGGCGAUGACAGUUUUGUUGCGGUGAAAAAGAAGUUCUGCACUUUCAGAGAAGACUACGAUGAUAUUUCGGAUCGGGUGGAUUUUAUCAUUUGUCUGGGAGGAGAUGGGACCUUGCUGUAUGCUUCCUCGUUGUUCCAGGAGAGCGUCCCCCCCGUGAUGGCCUUCCACCUGGGUUCCCUGGGCUUCCUGACGCCCUUCAACUUCGAUUCUUACCAAUCUCAGGUCACGCAGAUCAUUGAAGGCAAUGCUGCUAUUGUUCUGCGCAGCAGGCUGAAGGUCUGGGUUGUCAAGGAGCAUGGGGAGAAGAGGACCUCGGUUCAGGCUGGGGUGGACACGAAAGGCCUCAUCCUGACCAAUGGAGACGUGGAGGCCACCAGGAGAGCCGUGCAAUAUCAGGUACUGAAUGAAGUGGUGGUGGACCGAGGACCCUCCUCCUACCUCUCCAACGUUGACCUGUUCCUGGACGGACACCUCAUCACCACAGUGCAGGGAGAUGGCGUGAUCGUCUCCACCCCCACCGGAAGCACGGCCUACGCCGUGGCGGCAGGAGCCUCCAUGAUCCACCCCAACGUGCCGGCCAUCAUGAUCACGCCCAUCUGCCCUCACUCCCUUUCCUUCCGGCCCAUCGUGGUUCCGGCGGGAGUGGAGCUCAAGAUCAUGCUCUCCCCGGAGGCUCGAAACACCGCCUGGGUUUCCUUUGACGGGAGGAAGCGUCAGGAAAUCUGCCACGGAGACAGUAUCACCAUCACUACCUCCUGUUUCCCAGUUCCUUCCAUCUGCUUCAGGGAUCCUGUGAAUGACUGGUUUGAGAGCCUUGCACAAUGUUUACACUGGAAUGUCAGGAAGAAACAGAACCAUUUAAUUUCAGAGGAGGAGGAGUUUUGAAGCGAGCACUUGUUAAACAAGGAGGACUGUCUUGUACCAGAACCAGCAGAAAGUCACAGUAGAAAGGAUCUUGGUUUUUUUUUAAGAUCCUUUCGGAUCACUUUUGCUGCUUGUGCACGGACUAUAAAUACAUGGUCACAUAAUCUUGAAGUACUUUUAAAGUACAGAUGAAGGAAUAAUUACUGCAUUUGUUUCUAAAAGAAUUGUUUGAGGGUGACACAUCUUAAAGACUGCUUAAUUUUUACUGUAUUUGUUGUCUGAGAACGGAAUACUACAUAUUUAAGAAAAGCUUUAGAAUGAGAGAGACUUCCGGCAAUAAAAUAAAAUAUAGUGCCUUAAAAAUAUUUUUAAUAUACUGUACUUCCAUCUGAAAAUGUCACCAUCACAUUUGUAUCUGUUUAUAUGGUGUUAUUUUGCACAUUCUGAAAAAAACUUCGCCUAAUUAGUUAUUUUUAAAGAAAUUCCUUGUAAACAGGACCCUUGGUCCAAGGUGAAAGUAUUUUAAAAAAGCCAUGUAUCAAGUUAGCACAUGAUGCAUAGAUUUUUGCAGCAGGUCGUUUAAUUUUAAGACAUUUGAUAUGUCAAACCAAAUGACAAUAUCUGGCGAAACAACCCAGUCACACACAAGGCAAACCUGAAAGUUAGAAACGCGAUGAGGCAGCGGUUUAAAUCUUUCCACAUCUUACUGCAGAAAUCAAAAUGUUUAUCCGCCACUCUGUAUUUCUUAAACAAGGUUUACUGUACAAUUCUAAAUGACUAGAGGUCUGUUCCACACUUUGGGAGAACCCUGAGGCCUGAGGUUGGACUUUGUUAGCCUUUUACAGUAGUAAAAUCUUGUAUGUACCAUUAAACUUUCUGGUACAUGAUUAUUUCAGUUCUGUAGAAGAUGUAUGCACUUUAAGGGCAUACAGCCUAAGUGGUAGUAUUCUUGUAAUAAAAGUAUUCUUCACAUUUUGUUUGUAUACUUGUAGCUCAUAAUACACAUAUCUCUGACAUAGUAAGGCAAAGAAAGCAUUUUAGAAUGACUAUUUGUGAUGGGAGAGUUUCAUAUCUUAAGGUUUAUUAAUGUUGCAAUAGAAUGCUUUUUGUGAUUUAGAAACACCUGCUGCAGACCUGUCUUGCCAUAACCAUAGCUAAACAAUACUGUCCUCAUAGGUUUGCGUAGUCUUUUGUUCAAUUCGUCAUUGGACAAUGCAGAUAUCAUUUAAGGACCAUACAGACCUGCUUAAUAUUACCUUACUUUACUAAUAUAUUUAUUUAAAUGAAUACAAUUAAUGUUUCUUAGAUAAACUUAAUUGUAGUGCAGUGUAGUGUUGUAGUGCAUAUAUUUUAAACAGAGUGGGGUGCAAGUUAUUUAAGUAACUGUAUGCAGAUGCUGUUGACCAUAAAAUAUUUUACAAUUUGUAUAUAUUGUAUCAUUAAUGAUUGGUAGAUCUUAUAGAAAAUAGUUGAGUACCAUAUCUUUCAUUUUUUAUCUAAAAUAAUAAAAUGAAAGAUCUCUUUCAGCCAUAUUUUCUCACAAAUGGCGACUAACUGGAGCUGGAGAAAGUAUGAGUUACACCAGCACAGCAGUCUGUCACAACCACAGCAGAUGUCUUCUGACCUGCCGAAUCUGAAAAGUCAUUCUUUUUUGGUUUAUCUGAAGUAGUCUCGGUUAAAGAGGAUGUAAUUGUAAGUGCUACAACUGUAAAUUGUAUUUUUUGUAACAAAUUGAACUCCUUUUUUUCUGUGAAACAUUCUUUUAUAUUAAAAAAUCCAGAUGCGCUUUAGUUAAUUUAGUUGAAGUUGCCCAGUUUUCAGUUCCCUCCUCCACAGGUUACUUUGCUUUUCGCAUUUUGUCUUUACUCUCAAAUUUUGGUAUUAUUUUUGUUGUUAAGAGGUGCCUGAUCCAUGUGUCCGUUAACUUUCUGAGGUGUGAGGAAAAAAAGAGAGGAGUUAAAACUGCCAUAAAUGGGUAGCGGAGGAGUCUUGAUUGUCUCCAGUCUAGUUUUCGUCUCAAUAUCAUGGGUAAGUUAUUCCAAAUGGGAUAACCAACUUCAGCCUGGCACUUGAAAGCCAGUAAUAGUGUCAGAAGAAAUGGAAUGAAUUGUCAAGAUCAUUUGAUCAUUUAUCCUCAGGUCUUGGAUUUUUUAACACUGUAUUUAAGACUUCUGUACUCUUUUCUCAAUCUCAAGCUGAAAUUUUAACUUCAGUGAAGACGGUGAAGGCGGCAUUUUUCUUCCAGCCUGUUUCUGGACAACACAACACAUCUUGCUGCAGUGCUUGUUUUUCUUCAGACUUCCAGGAUAAAUACUAGGGCUGCUGGGCUUCUCAGAUAACACCCUGAAAUGUAAAAAACAAAACUGCCCCAAAACUGACAGACCUCUUUAAAAGAGAUGAAAAAUGUACCUCUUUACACCUGUUGUCAUGUGAAUCUUGUUCUUUCAUACUUCCACUACGAAUUGACUGCCUGUUUUUUAAUAGAAGACACUGGACACUGCAGAGCAGAACUGUGUAUUACUCAUGGAGUCUGAUUCAGUGUUUGUACUCCGGUGUGUUGUGGUUUGAAUAUUUAGGACACUUGUCCGAGAAAUUUGUCCCCCAAAAAUGAGCCAAGAGAGUCAACCGGAUUUCUUUUGUGUGUGUUGGGGGAGUUUUAGGAUCUUGUCACAGAAUGGAGCCUCUUAAAUUCAUUUGACUUUUCUAAUUGUCAUAUCCUAGUAGAUAUUAGUACUGAAAAUAGAAUCUAAUUUCUUUCAGAGCAUUUUAUUAAAAGAAUGAGCAGAAUUUG